AUGUUUGUGCUUCAGGAACCCCAGCAGCUUCAGAUUCUGUAUGAAUCCUUGGAAAAGCACAUCACUGAGUCCUUAAAGGUGUAUGGUGUCAUUUUCAACAUGAAAAAUAAAAACCCUUUCAACAUGGAAGUGUUGGUGGAUGCCUGGCCAGAUUACCAGGUAGUCAUUACUCGGCCUCAGAAACAGGAGAUGAAAAAUGAUUUGGAUCAUUAUACCAACUCUUACCACAUCUUCGCCAAAGCUCUGGACAAGCUACAGGAAGUUCUGGCACGCCCCCAGGUUAUCAACUGGGAACAAACCUUCCAGAUCCAAGGUUGCCAAGAGAGCUUGAGCGCAGCAAUAAGAAAGGUUUCAGCUUCAAAGUCAGUGCAGGUGGAUUAUACAAAGACCACACUCUUCGUGAUCGAAUUGCUGCCGAUGAAGCUCAGGACAAGUGAUGAUGAGGUGGACUUGACAAAAAUGCCUAAAGUGGAUGAAGACAGCAAGAAAGAAAACUUUGUGGGCAUCUUCUUGGACACCUCCCAUGCAGGGCUUGUGAAUGAGCAGUGGGACUUUGGGAAAAAUGAGAAGAGUUUGAAAUACAUUGAACGCUGCCUCCAGAAUUUCCCAGGAUUUGGCAUUCUGGGUCCAGAGGGGGUCCCUGUCUCUUGGAUUGUGAUGGAACAGUCCUGUGAGUUGAGAAUGGGUUACACUGUCCCUAAAUACCGAGGCCAGGGUAACAUGUUACUGGCCAGGGAAAUUGGUUAUCACUUUGGAAAGUAUCUGGCUCAGAAAAAAGUGCCAUUUUACUUACAUGUGGCAGGAUAAAAAGUAAAAAUCCAAGAUACAUUGAAAAGUUUUGGGUUCAAGGUUGCUCCUUGUGGCUGGCAUCAAUGGAAAUGCACCCCCAAGAAAUAUUGUUGA